AUUCCUGCUUCAGUGUCUUGAGGAUCUUGAUGCCAAUCUACGGAAACUGAACUCACGGUUGUUUGUUAUUCGUGGACAGCCAGCAGAUGUUUUCCCCAGACUUUUUAAGGAAUGGAAUAUUGCAAAACUCUCUAUUGAAUAUGAUUCUGAACCAUUUGGGAAGGAAAGAGAUGCAGCGAUUAAGAAGCUGGCUAGUGAAGCUGGAGUGGAGGUCAUUGUUCGAAUUUCCCAUACGUUAUAUGACCUAGACAAAAUAAUAGAACUAAAUGGAGGACAACCUCCUCUUACUUACAAGCGAUUCCAGACCCUAAUUAGUAGAAUGGAACCACUGGAGAUGCCAGUGGAGACUAUAACCCCAGAAGUAAUGGAAAAAUGUACUACUCCAGUUUCUGAUGAUCAUGACGAGAAAUACGGUGUCCCAUCACUUGAAGAGCUAGGUUUUGACACAGACGGUUUGCCUUCUGCAGUAUGGCCAGGGGGAGAAACAGAAGCUCUCACACGAUUGGAAAGACAUUUAGAACGAAAGGCUUGGGUAGCAAACUUUGAAAGACCACGAAUGAAUGCAAAUUCCCUUCUGGCAAGCCCCACAGGGCUUAGUCCCUACCUCCGCUUUGGCUGUUUGUCCUGUCGUCUCUUUUAUUUCAAGUUAACGGAUCUCUACAAAAAGGUGAAAAAGAACAGCUCCCCUCCCCUCUCCCUCUAUGGCCAGCUGUUAUGGCGUGAAUUUUUCUACACGGCAGCGACUAAUAAUCCACGGUUUGAUAAAAUGGAGGGGAAUCCUAUCUGUGUUCAAAUUCCAUGGGAUAAGAAUCCUGAGGCUUUGGCCAAGUGGGCAGAAGGCAGGACAGGUUUUCCUUGGAUUGAUGCAAUUAUGACGCAGCUUCGUCAAGAAGGCUGGAUUCACCAUUUAGCCCGACAUGCUGUAGCAUGCUUUUUGACUCGAGGUGACCUCUGGAUUAGCUGGGAAGAAGGAAUGAAGGUCUUUGAAGAGCUCUUACUUGACGCAGAUUGGAGUGUGAAUGCUGGAAGCUGGAUGUGGCUAUCCUGUAGUUCCUUCUUUCAGCAGUUUUUUCACUGCUACUGUCCAGUGGGUUUUGGCAGAAGAACUGACCCAAACGGGGAUUAUAUCAGACGUUAUUUGCCAGUACUUAGAGGUUUCCCUGCAAAGUACAUCUAUGAUCCUUGGAAUGCCCCAGAGAGCAUCCAGAAGGCUGCAAAAUGUAUUAUAGGAGUUAAUUAUCCCAAACCAAUGGUAAAUCAUGCAGAGGCAAGCCGUCUGAAUAUUGAGAGGAUGAAACAAAUCUACCAGCAGCUUUCACGAUACAGAGGACUGGGUCUUCUUGCAACAGUGCCUUCUAAUCCAAAUGGAAAUGGAAAUGGUGGCCUAAUGGGCUAUUCACCAGGAGAAAGCAUUUCUGGUUGUGGUAAUACAGGAGGAGCUCAGCUGGGAACUGGUGAUAGUCAUACAGUUGUUCAGCCAUGUGCCCUGGGAGAUUCUCAUUCAGGAGCAAGCGGAGUUCAGCAGCAAGGUUACUGUCAAGCAAGUAGUAUCUUACACUAUGCUCAUGGAGACAAUCAGCAAUCGCACUUAUUGCAAGCAGGAAGAACGUCCCUUGGUACUGGCAUUAGUGCAGGGAAACGCCCGAAUCCAGAAGAAGAAACUCAGAGUGUUGGACCAAAAGUCCAGCGACAGAGCACAAAUUAAACUGGUAAGAACCUUAAAGUUAUCCUGUUAAUGAAUAAAUUCCUGUACAGAUUUUGUGUCUGUGAUAGCAUUUCUAUCACUGCAAUGCAAAGGAUCCUAAAUUAUUGCUGUAAAUAUUUCAGUUCCAGGUCCUGUACAAACAGUCAAAAUCCUGGCUCUGGAGAGUUUACAAAUAAUGAGAUAGGAAGUAGU